AUGCCAGAGUCAAUUACUUUGUACUCAGCGAAGGUCUGCCCCUUCGCUCACAGAGUUGAGCUCGCAUUAGAGGAAGCUCAGGCGCCAUACACCAAGUUCUAUAUCGAUCUGCAGAAUAAACCGGAGUGGUACGCUGAGCUCGUCAAUCCAGCAGCCAAGGUCCCUGCAUUGGCAUACGGUGGCCCUGCCGUUCCGCCGGACCUCCCUUCUUCAGAGUCCUUCAAACUCACAGAAUCACUCGUUCUGAUCGAGUUUGUAGCGGAUUUGUUCCCCGACGCGCACCUACUCCCGGCGGACCCCGUUCUCCGCGCCAAGACGCGCUUCUUCAUCGAUACCGUCUCCACGAAGCUCGUCUCCGCGUGGUUUCCGUUCGUGAAUGGGGUAGCGUCUGCGGAGCCCUUCCUGAACGGCGUAGAGCAGGUCGUCGCUCUCCUGCCCGAGACUGGAUUCGCCGUGGGCGUGUACUCCCUUGCGGACAUCGCUGUGACACCGUUCCUCGCACGUAUGUUUACAGCACUGAAGAACGAUCUCGGCCUAUAUCCCGUAGGUGAGGGGAAGAAGGUGUACGACAUCCUCUGUGGGCCACGCUUCGCGAGACUGCAGAAAUAUUGGCAGGACGUAAACUCUCGGUCAAAUUUCGAGGCUACCUUUGACGAAGCGCACAUCGUAGAGAAGUACACUACCAGGUUCACGAGGUCAGUUGGGGGGCAAGUGUGA